CAUUGCUGAACGGUUCCCAGAGUCGCACAGUCAUCGUCGCGUUUCCAUUGUCUUUGGACGGUAGUAGCGUUCCUUUGCCACAUAACCUCGAAAUCGGUUCUGACAUGGCGUCUACCACGUUUCGCUUGUUCACCUGCCGGCAAUUCCAACACUGCUUCGCUUCUAAGCACUCGUUCGCCGGAGGAUUCUCUUCCGUUCUAUCGUAUUCCACUAAAUCGAAACCACCGACCGGCAAAAUGAGCUUGCCAAGAGUUUUCUUCGACAUGACCGCCGACGGCGAACAGUUGGGCCGCAUCACGAUCGAGCUGCGCAGUGACGUUGUACCAAAAACUGCUGAAAAUUUCCGUGCUCUGUGUACUGGAGAAAAAGGUUUCGGUUACAAGGGAAGCAUUUUUCACCGUGUUAUUCCAAACUUUAUGUGCCAAGGUGGUGAUUUCACGAACCAUAAUGGCACUGGAGGAAAAUCUAUAUACGGAAAUAAAUUCGAAGAUGAAAACUUUAUACUGAAGCAUACUGGACCUGGUGUCCUUUCUAUGGCCAAUGCUGGUGCCAAUACUAAUGGAAGUCAAUUUUUCAUCACAACUGUAAAGACAUCGUGGUUGGAUACUAAACACGUAGUAUUUGGCAAUAUUGUUGAUGGCAUGGACGUUGUCAAAAAGAUUGAAUCCUAUGGUACUCAGAGUGGUAAGACAAACAAGAAGAUUGCCAUUGCCAAUUGUGGACAACUGAGUUAAUUUGCUUUUCCAGUUAAAAAUCAUACUUAAAUUAAACAUUUGGAACAAUAAUUAAUAUUAAAUAUGGUCUACUUAAUUAAUGUGAUGCAUUUUUAUAUGGUAAUUCUGGAUAAACAAUUAA